AUGUUUGGAAUUUUUGUUUUGCUCGUGCGCAAGUGGCAGCAGUGGUGUGUUUCUGCUGUGGCAGUAUUGCCUGUGGAUGGUGAGGUGGUGCUCCUUCUGCCGAUGCCACAGGAGGUGAUGCCAGUGGACGCUGGUAGUGUUAUUAAUGUAUCUGUUUUACCUUCCACAGAAGCCCCUUGUGCUACUCCACUGAUCUGUAGCUUUGGAAGGCCGGUGGACCUGGAGAAGGAUGACUACCAGAAGGUUAUAUGCAACAACGAGCAUUGUCCUUACAGCACUUGGAUGCACCUUCAGUGCUUCUACGAGUGGGAGAGCAGCAUCCUCGUCCAGUUCAAUUGCAUUGGCAGGGCCAGGAGUUGGAACGAGAAGCAGUGUCGCCAAAACAUGUGGACCAAGAAGGGAUACGACUUGGCUUUUCGGUUUUGCUCCUGUCGGUGUGGGCAGGGUCAUUUAAAGAAGGACACGGACUGGUACCAGGUGAAGCGAAUGCAGGAUGACAAGAAGAAGAAAUCAGUGUUGGAGAAGAGUACGGGCAGGUCCAUGACAGAGUCAGCAGAGGAGGCCAAGAAAGGCAGGCCGGCCAACAAGCCGCAGAAAGGCUUGAGUAAUGACCUGCAGCGAAGGCACUCCAUGGACAGGCAGAACUCCCAGGAGAAGGGUGUCAUGGGUGGCAGCUACGCCGUUCGCUCCCCUUGUGUCUCUCCUGGCCAGUCCCCGCCCACCGGCUACUCUAUCCUGGCCCCCACGCAUUUCAGUGGCCCUCGUUCCUCGCGGUACUUGGGAGAGUUUCUGAAGAACGCCAUUCACCUGGAGCCCCAUAAGAAGAGCAUGGCCGGUGGGGGCAUGUUCAGGAAUGCACAUUUUGAUUACGGGACAGCUGGCCUGCAGGCACACAGAUCAGGACACUUCGAUAGCCCCGUGCAGUUCCUGAGAAGGCUCGAUCUGUCUGAGCUGCUCACUCACAUCCCCAGGCACAAAUUGAAUACUUUCCACGUGCGGAUGGAAGACGAUGCCCAGGUGGGCCAAGGGGAGGACCUGCGGAAGUUCAUCCUUGCUGCUCUCAGUGCCAGCCACAGGAACGUUGUAAACUGUGCUCUGUGCCACAGGGCGCUGCCAGUGUUUGAACAGUUUCCGCUGGUGGACGGGACCCUGUUCCUUAGCCCGUCGAGACAUGAUGAGAUUGAGUAUGAUGUUCCCUGUCACCUUCAAGGAAGGCUUAUGCACCUCUAUGCUGUUUGUGUAGACUGCUUAGAAGGGGUUCACAAAAUUAUCUGCAUUAAGUGCAAGUCCCGAUGGGAUGGAAGCUGGCAUCAGCUGGGAACCAUGUAUACCUACGAUAUUCUGGCAGCAUCUCCCUGUUGUCAGGCUCGACUGAACUGUAAGCACUGUGGGAAGCCAGUGAUAGACGUGCGGAUUGGCAUGCAGUAUUUCUCUGAAUACAGCAACGUCCAGCAGUGUCCUCACUGUGGAAAUCUAGACUACCACUUCGUGAAGCCAUUUUCUUCAUUUAAAGUUUUGGAGGCUUAUUGACGAAAGCUUUGCUUUAGUAAUAGCUAUUUUAUGGGUAUUUCAACUUUAUUACAUAUCUUUUUAUAGGAUUCAUUCUGUGAUGAAAUCUAAUUUCUUUUCUAACUGAAAGAGCAGCUUCUUUGUCAGUGUACAUAUUAAUAUGUAUAUAUACGUGUUAUUAAAACCAGAAUCCUCCUGACAAGAUCUCUGUGAAGGUUGGAGGCAAGCCAAUUUAAUGGCCUUUCAGUAUAUCCCAUGUAUGGGGUAAAGUUCAGCUAAAAAUGAUUUGGGUUUAUUUUUUGUAUAGUUGUAAUACAGUUUAUAGGAAGGGUGUGGGGAGACAUAAAGGACAAGAGAAAUAUGUCCAGUUGGAAAAUGGGUAAUUGCAUAGGGUUGUUCCUCCAGCUUGGUGGAAAUGGGAAAUCCAGGAAAUCCUGGAAAGAAAUGAUUCUGAUACUGUUGAAUUCAUUCAGCCUUUUGCAUUGGUUCCCAGGGGUUCAGGAGCUGGCCCUGUGUUGCCAGUCCCCUCAGCAGGCUUUUUUUCAGAUUUCCCACGACCGGGGUAAACUAAGGUAUCAUGACAAGUGAAUGUAAAUGUGUGCCAGAAAAUGCAAUCUUGAAUGAAUUCUUUUGGCAUCACGUCUUUCUUGCCAUGUGUGUUUGAUGUGCAUUGCCCUCACUGAGUCAUAGUUCAGGCAAUAGUGCUGCUUCCAACAGGGCUGUCAUGUGCCCAGCUGGUCAUCUGCUCAUACCAAAACAAGCUGGAGAUCUUAAAAUGCUUUACUUAAAGGUGUUUCUUCACAGACAUUUUAGGGAAGGAGCUGGCUGAGCUGAAUGGGGAUGUGAUUGUAUGUGCCUGCUGGGACUGAGGCCUUUGCUGCCUGCAGGCUUGUGUGGCUGGUGUGGAAGGGGAGCCAUGGAGUGGGAUCUGGGCCCUCAGACCUGUAUGAGCUGAGAGGUACUGAGUACAAAACAUACAUCACUUUUUAAAACAAUUAAUUGCUGCACCUUCGUCUUUCAAAAUUGUGUUCCGUCUAGGAUCUAAAAACAAGGAGAUGUGUUAAGAAAGCAAACUUGGCAUAUUUACUUUCUACAUGCCUCUGUGCUGUGCAUAAUAGACUGCAUUAAGCAGUGAAUUUCUAUCAGAGAGCUUGGCCCUGUAGACUCUGCAGUUGAUGUUUCUUGACUCCCAUUUCUCCCUUCCUUAAAUAAAUUUUUUAAAAUAGGUCAUUAAUCUUUUGCUUGGUUUCUCAAAUCAGUUGAGAUUUAAGGGACAUUUGGUUUUUUUGAUUUUCUCGGUAGUGUAUUUAUGAAGUAUUUGUCCACUGGAGCAAUGUGGGUUCUGUUUACAUGGUGGGAUUAUUUUUUCUUUCUUCUGAAGUUUUUUGUUUUUCCAAAUUAGAAUCUUUUUAGAGAGUAUCUGUUGAAACCACAGUCUUGAAAAUGGCCCUGAUAGUCUGCCACCCUGGGAAAGAAAACAAGUCAUAAGCCAAAAUAAUGUUUUUUCCUAUGUUGGACUGAGAAUUACACUUUCUGCUGAAUUAUGAAAUUACUGUGCACAUAAAACUCAAGUUGAAUAUCCCUUUCUUAGUGCAACAAUGCUGAGUGCUUAUGCUGGCACAGUUUGAGUGGCAGUGUCCUUGGGUGUCACCCAGCUCAUGUUGGGGCAGUGCUGAGCAGCCGUGUUAACAGGCUGUGGUCACCUUCAGUGGUGCUCCUCCACUGUGAGAGUUCCUGGGCUUGGAUUUGGGUCUGGAGCUCGUUCUUGGGGUUUCGUGCAGUUAUCCCAUUUGCAACAGUUUUGGGAAAAACCUGUUUCUUGUUCUGGGAGAAUUAUGGGAAAGACUUUGAGAGACUCCCAACACUGUCCUUUCAUGGCUACCACACCAAGCCCAGCUGCUGUGGGACCAACACUGCAUCCAUUGUCCAGGAGCAGGACCUGGCCUGGGCAUACCUGGGCAGGAAGAAGGUUUCUAGCAAAUAAAACCCAAUUAGCUGUGCAGUGUAGACUUGCCUUGUGAAGAGCAAUCAAAUCAUAGUUUGGAUUAACUCCUCCAGAAGGAUGAGCCCUUCAGCUCUGAUGGUGUAUGGAGCAACCUGCUGGAGUUAGGGUGGCUGGCAGGGUUGGAGUUGUGCUGCCUGGCAGUACCGUGAGAACCAGACCAGACAGAAAACAGUGGCUGUCGCAGCAGCCUGAAAUCACUCAGCAAAGAGAAAGCUCCUGUAAUUAAACAGCUAAAGAGAGCAAUUAAAGCAUACAUCUCUUACUGCAGGUUCAGUCUUGAGUGCCAGUCACACACUGUGAGUCUGGGGUGUCAGUACACAUAGGAUACAUGGCAUUGUGUGCCCACUUUUUUGUGCAGUGGUGAGAGGAGGUGUCACUGUACAAUGCACAUGGCAGGGGAGAAGUGGGAUCUCGAGUUGUCUUGGAUACUUGUUCAUUUGCUACCCUUAGAGCAGCUUAAUUUAUAAUUCUGCCCUUUUAAGUUCCUGGAUGCCUCUCUACGCCUGAAUGUGUGACAAUCAAAAAUGAGUAGACAUGGAAUAAAGGAAAUAUGGUCAGCUUUAAAAACAAGUGUAUGAGAGAUUGUUUAAUACAUUCAAGUCAAAACCAGGAGUGGAGCAGACUGAGAAAAGGGGACAGGAAAAGCACAUUUAAAGUCUUAACACUGACUAGGAAUUGCAUACAAAUAUAUCUAAGAAAACAGUUUAGUUCUUCACCAGCUUUUCCUUUUAAUUCUGCUGUUAAGUAAGUCUUACCUACUGCUUGAGGCAAUGCCUAUUUUCUUGUAAAAUCUAUCUGUCAACUGGAGGCUAGCAGCACACAUAGCACUGUAAAAAUAAUCCUCAGCAAAACCAGCUGAGCUACAGAAAGAUUCUUCUGUACUUUCACUCCAAAGUAAAAUAUCCCUAAUUUGUAGAGGCUUUCACUGCUUCUUGUUGGUACUGAAAGCUGCUCUUGGUUUACUGCAAAAUACUCAAUUUUCUGUAACAUGCAGAUUCCAGUCAAGCAGUCAGCCCUCACCUUUGGCCAUGAGAGUUUCCUGGGCUUUGCAGAAGUAGAAUUGCUAAUGCAACUUCUUUGGGACCUAAUGGCUACUUUGGAGGUUAAAUUAGACCACAGUUGCUCUGCUUUUUGUCUUGACAAGCACUGGAAGUAGUCAUGAGCUUACAAAUGCAUCAUAAGGGAAAUUACCUCCCUAGCAAGGGAGCUGCUUGCUUUGCUUAUUUGGCUAGUUUAUUCUUCAUUGCCUGUCAUUUUUUUUCUGAUGCUGUGUGUUCUUUUUAAGCUGGCCCACGGUCAGAUUAAGUUUGCCUGAAAUAUGUUUUGUAAAUGAGAAUGCAGUCCUCUGAAUUUGGAGGUUCAUUCUACUCUUAAGUGCACGAUACUCCUUGUGAUAGCAAUAGGAGUUGCAUGUGCAAAUGCUUUUCUUUCCAGUAAUUAACUCUCCUCUUCCAUAGGAGAGGCUUGCAUUUAGGUAGACUUCAUAUUUUGGAUGUGUAAAACUGAUUUCAUCCAUCAGUAAGAUGUCUACAAAUAAAUUGAUAGCCAUAACUAACAAAAUGGACAUUUUUACAUGCUGUUAUUUGACAUCUACCAAUGUGAACAGCCUGAAAUUGUUUUUCUGUCUAAUGCUGCAGAGUCAUUAAAACUACAGUGUUUUAUAGCCAGACCAUAGACUGUCCUAUAGUCUAUUUACAUUAGCAUCUCCAGUAAUGAGCAGUGUAUUCAUAUUGAGUUUAAUUGGAAAAAUAAGGAAUAUUCCUACAAGGGAGGCAUCUAGCCCAAUAUUUUUAUUUUUUCUGUUUUUUUUUUCCCCCUUCCCAUAUUCCUGAUUUUGCUGUACCAAGUAACCAAGGACAAACAUGUUGUAAGGCCACCGGUGAGAAAACCCCUCAAAAAUAUACUUGUCCAUAAAGGUUUCUUAUUGAGACAUUCUUGGAUUGCACUUUUGCAGAUGGAAGAAUAUGUACAUAGCAAAUGAAUGUUGAUGAAAUUAAAAUAAUUGGUUAUGAUAUCAUUUAUGUGUGUUGUUAGAGAAUAUUUUGUUGUGAGUUCUCUGUAUUAAAAAGUAAUAAAUACCAGACAGCUGAUGGUGUGGGUUCUUCUUUCCCCUUUCUCUGGAGUAGUUUCUUACACCUGCUCUUUUAUAGGAUUACUCUAGUUGCCUUAAGUUUAAAGAGCACACAGUAAAGCCAGGUUUUUGGUGUCAUUUGAAAUGAAGCUUCGUUGUUGUCAUUUUGAAGUGUUGUGCUACAGGGGUAGUGCUGGGGUGUGUGUGAUGUGUCACCUUGCCAAACACAAGUCCUGCUCACUUUGUUGGUGUCAGAACUGCUCCUUUGGCAGCGCAGUCAGUCCUGCAGGAGCAGUUUUAGGAAUGCCAGUCUGCUGUGCCAGCUGCUGCCUGUGGGGCUGAAUGGAGGACAGAGUGCUGAAUCCUUCACUUCUGGUGGACUGUGCUAGUGGAAUUGUACCCUCUGGUGCCUGCGAAAUAUCAGAAGUGCUUCUGGAGGGGAGAACACAACAGGGGCACUUGGGACAGAAGGGUUUCCCACAUUAUGACAGAACACUUCACCUCUGAAACCUGGCUGCAAAUCUUUGCAUCUUCUGUAAGGUUUUCCAGCAGUCUAACUAAUCAUGAAGUCAUCCAUUUUAGCAAACCUUGCUCCAUCUGUUUAUAGCAUGAUUCUUCAGCCUUUAUAUAUUACCAUAGAGUUCAGGAAGGAUGUGAGUGAUCAAGGCCAUCUGGACAUACAAAAGGUAAAGCCAGUACUGCUGGGAGGAGAGUGCCACAGUGCAGGAGGCAGGAGGUGGGAUUUUGAGAUUUGGAAACUCUGUCUAAAGAGACCACUGUAGCUGUGCAGGUUUAAUUUUGGAAGCAGAUACUGUGGCUUGUUAUUCAAGAUUUGAAUAGCCUUGAAACUGGCAACCUGUAUGUUAAUUGUGAAAAGCCUUCUGGAUAACUGCUGCUUAAAAUACGAGUAUCUGCUCAUGGGAUGGGAAUGUAAAUAAGCUGCCAUCAGCUAAUUGCAAGUGACUGCAGUGAUUCUGUAUUGAUAUUUUGCUGAAAGGAUCUUAGGUCAUGGUUUAAGCCUAAAGCCAGUGUGGGAAAACUAAAUGAGAACUAAUAUUUUGGAGAUAUUCUUCCCCUAGCAUAAUUACUGCAGUCUUUGGUACUGAGUACUAAUCUGCAGAAUUUGAUCUGCAGGUUUGAUCUGCUGUGUUACUUUGUUGCUAAAAGAAACUGAGGAGCGCUUGGGAAUGUAGAGGAAGGGAAAAGUCACAUAAAUAAACUUUUCAAGCUAUUACAUGAUACAGUAUGUAGUUAAAAUAAGGGUGGCACAGGCAGAUUGGGUUAGGAGCAUGCCCGGGCUUAUUUUUCUCUUGAAGGCAUCCCUGAUUGUGUCAGGGGAGGGGAAUGAACUAUUCAGGCUGCAUAUGUGUGUGGGUGUGUGCACCUAAAAAUACAAGCCCAGGUUUCACACAGAUACAUUUGUAUUUGAUUUCUUUUCUGACAGUAUUCUGUGAAACAAUUUCUGUUCAUUCUGAACCUGACCGUAUAAAACAAAGCCUGCUCUCCAAAACAGCUGCUGGCUGCAGUAUUUUGUCAUUUACUUGGUACAUUGAUAUUUUUUGGCCUUAAAUAUGUCUGUUAGUCACUGAGCUUCCUUCACGUUUGCUUUUCAUUCCGUAAUGUCCAACCAACAUCAGUGGGAUGUGGAGAGAAGCUAAAGCAGCUGGUAUAGCGCCUUAAUCCACAGACCACCUGAUCCAAAACUCACAUGGGCUAGUUUGCAGAGCCAGACAAACUGUGAUGGCAUCCAGGAGGGACUCUCAAGUCAUGUUUCAAGAAGAAAUUUUCUCCUUCCUUGCAUGAAGAAAAUACUUUCCUAAUGUAGGAACCUUUCCUAAUGUACCUUUCUGAGGUGCUCUAUGUUCAAGAGUUUGCAUUCAGCUCCAUUGUAUAAUGUAAUCCUGAAGCUACUCCCUUUUGUAAAACAUGCACUGUACUUGUUUUCUUGUGAGAAAAACGUGUGCAGAUCACAUCCAUCUUACGGUUUGUGCCCCGUUUUCCUGGCUGUGUAUU